AUGGCUUGUCCCAGCCACCACUUAUUUACCGAUGAAGAGCUGGAAGCUCUCGUGGCCCUCCGCGAAAGAACCGCGACGCGUGAGGCUGGUCGUCGAUGGCUGUCACAGCAGGCCACACACAUUCAAGGCACUCUUGACUUGAUUGCUGCUGGGCACAGCUUCCCAGGCCUUCCUACAGCACAGGAGUUGCACGAACAGCUCGAUAUGCUUCUCAACGAGGUGUACCUUCUUGUAGUCGAACAGGAAGAAGAUGAGGCGCAAUUCAACGCGAGUUUUGUCGAAUGUCGGGCAACCGUUGGAGAAUAG